GAUACGGAUGAUAUUGAGGAUGACUAUGAUUUCUCAUAUUAUUUAUAACUCUCAUAUUUGGAACGGGACACCAUGGUUCUCCUAGCCUUCUACGCAGUUAGUUUGGAAGCUGUCAAGGUUAUGCGGGUCUUUUCCCUCUUUAGCAUCUCGUUUAGUAUCAAGCAGUUUUGGCUUAGUAAACAUUGUGUUUCUGAACGCAGUUUCGGAGGCUUGUUUGAGCUUCAUUCUGGCUCCUUAGCUCGACCUUUCGGUAUUGGUACUUUGGAAGAGCACUUGACUUGGGAUACUCAAUCCUCUUCUUGCAAGCUCAAGCAAACAUUUCUUUUCAGAGCUUUGAGAGAUGAGAACAAGUCGAUCACACUGGAGGCAUGUUUGUUUGCUGGCAGUUCAGGCUAUCCGACCGAGGAGGACAAAGAGGCUAUUUUCAGAGCAUAUAUCAAGGCAUUGAACGAGGAUCCUGAUCAGUACAGAAUUGAUGCACAAAAGUUAGAAGCGUGGGCGAGCAUUCAGAAUGCCAAUAGUCUUGUUGAGUUUUCAUCAAGAGAAGGAGAGGUUGAAAACAUCCUAAAAGACAUUUCAAAAAGAGCCGCCACAAAGGGCAGUUUUAGCUACAGUCGGUUCUUCGCAAUUGGACUCUUCCGCCUACUUGAGCUAGCAAAUGCAACGGAACCAACCAUCUUAGAGAAGCUUUGUGCUGCCUUGAAUGUGAACAAACAAAGUGUGGACAGGGAUCUUGAUGUUUAUCGCAAUUUACUCUCUAAGCUGGUCCAGGCUAAAGAGCUUAUGAAAGAAUAUGUGACCAGGGAGAAGAAGAAAAGGGAAGAAAGGGAAAACCAGAAGCCUAAUGAAGCUGUAAAAAAAUGUUUGGGGAUAUACCCAAUUGCAGGCUGGUAAUUCAAAUCUCCUCUUGCGCCCCGUUUGGACAUCAUUGACAUUCUCUUCCUGCUAACAAAAAAACACUGUUUAU